AUGUCCGUUUCACUUGAUAAAACCAAGAUCGACAGCAAUGCCAAGGCAACAGAUACGCUGCUCGAAACUUUGCGUAACUACCAUAGCAAGAUAGAUGAUGAGGAGACCAGGCACAUGGUCAUUGCGGCCCUCAGUAAGGUCAUUGAGGAUCUUGAGGAGCCCUUUGAUCUGCUGAUGCGUCUUGCUAAUUCGGCCAACAUGACGCCAUUGAUCAAAGUUGGCUACCAACUUGGCGUGUUUAAAGCUCUCUCUGACAGUCCUACGCCCCUCACUCUUGGGCAGCUGUGUGAGCCUACCAAGGCAGAUGCACGACUUGUGAACAGGGUACUACGCUACCUGUCGGCCAACAGAUUCAUCAACGAGGUCGACAAGGGCCAAUUCUCUGCCAGCAAGAUGACGCACUGUCUAGCGGAUGCACGCUUGGAGGGAGGUGUAAACAUCUACUAUGGAGUGAUCGACCCAAUGCUGCACGAGUUGCCAGCUUUCCUAGAAAGACGCAACUAUCAAGAUGGCGUUGGCAAUCCCUGCGUUUUCAACGCCGCGGCUAAUACGGACCUCACAUUCUACGACUGGUUGAAAACAAAGCCAGAAAUGGUCCAAGAUUUCCAGAAGAUGUUGUCCCUGCAGCUGAUGGCGAUUUCCACAUCUGUCAGGGCCGUGGACUGGCUAAGUGUCAUCCCCUUUCCAAAGGCCGUCGAUCCAUCAGAUGGGCCUGUCUUUGUAGAUGUUGGCGGUAAUAUGGGCGACCGGUGCCUUGAGCUUCUUGGAAGGUACCCCCAGUUUAAAGGUCAUGUCAUUGUGCAAGACUUGGAGGAGGUGGUCAAGUUUGCUCCGGCAAUGGAUGGCGCGGAAUUCCAGGGGUACGACUUUUUCACUCCGCAGCCAGUUCAAGGCGCCCGUUACUACUAUCUUCGCACUAUUCUACACAACUGGGACGACGACAGGUCGGUUGAGAUUCUUCGCAAUCUAGUCCCUGCUUUAGGGCCAAAUUCCCAGGUUUUGAUUGAUGAAAUGGCCGUGCCGAACACCAAGGCACACAUCUGGCCCAGCGUCCAGGACUUGCUCAUGAUGAUGACAUUUGGUGCUCGGGAGCGCACGCUGGAUGAUUGGGCGGUGCUAUUGGGUAGAGCAGGGCUGAAGAUCGUUGACAUCAAGCCGUACGCGCCGGUCAUGCGGACAUCGAUCAUCUUUGCGGAGCGCAGCUAG